CGACUGAGGCUGUUCGAAUCCCUCCUUGCCAGCGCCAGUGGAAAGCGUACCUAAAACCCAAACAAACAUCGAUAGACCAAUUAUUAAAGAGCUUUAUAGUUGCGGAAAGGAGUGACUUCGUUGGCGUUUGCAGCGUGUAUAUGUAUAUAUAUGGUUAUUUCUCCAUCUGCGACCAUCUUGAUCAUUUUAAGAAGGUAUACGUUCUCGUCAUGAAACGGUGCGAGUUAGCUCGCUAGCUCUUAGCAAGCUGAUGAAUGUGUGCUACUGCUGCUAAGGUAGCCAUUUUGAAACUGUGUUGUUCCAACGAAGCCAGGUUCAGUCGACUCCUCUGCAAGUACCUGUAAACCAUCACCAAGAAAACAGCGCUGAUACUUCCCGCUUGAGGAAAAACUACAUCCACGAAGGAAAGGAAACCUCCCUUUGACAUAUUUUGGACGUGUGCUGUUUUUUCGACCCUCAAAUUUUUUCCCUGAGAAAGAGAAGUUGAUCGAGCUCUCUUGAGGAUUGGCGAAGUUUAGUUUUUGCUAACGGACUAUAACAAAGAUAUUUUGACUUCAAGUCUUGCACAUCUAUGAAAUCAGAGAGACAUACUAUAUUUGCUUCAGACAGGAAAAAACAAAUAAUUAAAUGGGCCUCUUACAGAUGUGAUAGUAAAACAUAUAAAUAUAGAAACAGCCUUAUAAUGCAUCUCCCAUCGGCAUCACUGUUUCACUAACCAAAACCUAAAAUGACGGCGAUGUAACAUAGGGCUUUCAUUCCUUCAUUGUCAUGUGACUUUGAACCUUUGAGCAUUAUUUUCUUCAUACUAAGACAGUCUUUUCACCAGUUUAAUGAGGUGAGCAGUGGCUUUCAGUGACCUCCAUUGCCAGUAAAAGACUGUCUCCGAGUUCAUUUUUCUUUUUUUGCAUGCCUUCAAGUCGAUCUUAAAAUGAUUCGGUAACAGGUGAGUCGACUCAAAAACGUACUGGCACACAGUGUGGCAGGACAACACCUGUCUCUCUCUCUCCCCCCAUCUGGUGUCAAAGUGGAACAGCUACACAAACUGCUGCUCCGUGCUCCAGGGUAGACAACUUUCACUGACUGUUUCUCUACAAUAACAAUAAUAAUAAUAAUAACAAGAAGAAGAAACGACUGGCUCUUCCUCACUGUUGGGACAAAUCACCUCUCAGAUCAUCCAUUCAUUUUGCCAAUCAGCAUUAAGUUCAAUCAGGUUUGGAUUUUCACUCGUGACAAUAAGAACAAAUGGUUCAAAUAAAUUGAAGGAUUCAUUCUGCCUGGAAAGUAGUUUCUCGCAUCGGAAAUAGUAGAACUCACCAGAGACGUGACCGGCACGAGAGCUGUUUGGAUUCUGGUGAAACGAGAAAGAUAUUUCCUUCGUAGACCUCAAGACUCCCGCUUUAAAAUCUACUUCCUGCUUCAGUCCUCUGGAUCGCCACUCCAGAUCAUUCCGGCAAACUUCUGACCCACCUGCACGUGUUUCACCCUGGACGAAGGGAUCUGCCUCUGGGGAAAGGGGCUGCACUGUCCUGGCGGAGGUGGAGGGGAGGUUGUCGGUGUGCUGCUCCCUGUCUGUCAGUGCACACGGUCUGUGAUCAGUGCCAACGGGCCUGAGGAACCAAGCCCAGCAGGACUGAGAGAGGAGGCAGAGGACUUCAGAGCCACAGACUCUGGGAUCCUGGCCAUGAGGUUUGAUGCCUCGAUCCACUGACCGGAAACACUGGACCUAAAUGGCGCAGCAUGACUUUGUCCCUGCCUGGCUUAACUUCUCCACACCCCAGCCUGCCAAGUCCCCUGCUGCCAACCUUGACAAACAAGGUGAGCCCCAGCACCACAGAGACGGCAGAACUGCUGUGAGCCGCCGCCGCCACAAUUCCUCUGAUGGGUUCUUCAACAACGGCUCCCUCCGUGCUCCAGCAGGUGAUGGAUGGCAGCAGCCCUCUCUGCUGCUGAGGCACGACUCUGUGGACUCGGGGGUGGCCAAAGGAGGACACGGUGGGCUGGCGGGGGGCUCGUGUUGGAAGGAAACACCCGCCUGGCAUGGAGCUCCGCGGGGUGUCCAGGACGGCCACCACCACCAGGGGCGCCACCCCAAACGGGGGGCGGUCGACAGGGACAGGCAGGUGGGGCACCGGCAGCGCAAUGGUAACUUCCAUCCCCGCAAGGGCACCCCGUACCAGGACAAGUUCCCCAACGAGGAACGCAAAGACACCAAGGACGACAAGCUGAAGUUUGUGGAGGAGGACUUUCCUUCCCUCAACCCUGAAACAACUGGAAAGCCUGGGACUGGGAUGCGAGCAGUUGCUCCCCAUGCUGGAGUGUGGGAAAAUCCCCCUAGUGGCAAACAGAUGGUGUCCAAAAUGCUGGUUAUCAAGAAAGUUUCCAAGGAGGACCCCAGCACUGCCUUCUCUGCGGGGUUUGCCACCGCUGGCGCCCUGCCCACCAACGGCAGCAAAGCUCCGCUCACAGGCUCCAGUGUCUACAAGAACCUGGUCCCAAAGCCGGCUGUGGCACCCACCAAAAGCACCCAGUGGAAAUCUGGUGGUAGAGAGAUCACAAAGUCCGGUCUUCACAUGCCGGGCCGAGAUUCAGUCUUCACCAGCCCUGUCUCUGCAGCCAAACCCAGCACCCCAGUCAGUGCACCACAGCACAACACCCCAAAAGAGCACCCUUCCAGCACGACUCCACCCAUAGAUAUCGCCCCGUCGAGGUUGAAGCUGAUGCGCCGCGGUCCUGACCGUAAGAGCGAGUUCCUGCGAGCUCUGAAGGAUGAGGGCACUGGAGAGCUGACGACGAGCAGCAGCCCAGGAACUUCAGGAGAGGGUGAAAGCAGCACCCCAGAACCAAAAGCCUACAGCGAGGAGGUCUGCCACGAGAAUGGGCUGUCCUACUCCCUCAGUGACUCAGACACUGAACACCUGUCCAGCUCCCUGGAGGCAGAGCACAGGUUGCUGAAGGCCAUGGGCUGGCAGGAGUAUCCAGAAAACGAUGACAACUUCCUGCCUCUAACAGAGGACGAGCUGAGAGAGUUCCAGAAUAAAACUGAACAGCUGAAGAGGAACGGCAUGCAGAGGAAUGGGGUUCUCCCGAGGACGCGGGGUGUGACCCUCCACUUCACCCCCUGGAGGAGUGUGGCGGAGGCGCAUGUCGAGGAGGGCUCCGAGUCCGAAACCAGUAGCAGCAGCCAGACCUCUGAUGACGACGACUGCAUCAAAUCCUAACGUGGCUUUAUGGAACAAAAAAAAAAAAAACAAACAAACAAACACAACAACAGCCAACACCACAUCCCAGCAAGCAAUUCCCCUCUUCCUCUCUCAUCUUUGUUUUUAGAGCACCAUUUUGAAUUUCUUUUUGAUUUUUUUUUUUUUUUGUUGUUGUUGUCAUUCUUGCACAAGGGAAAAACCAAUCAUAUCCCAGUGAAGGGGGAGAUUCCUGCUCAGCCAGACGUUGUUUUCCCUGCGUUUCCUCCUUCACUGCAGUCCCUGCCCUCUUUGAACCCCCUUCCUCCUCCCUUCCUUUUUCUUCCUCGCUUUGUGGAACUGAAGUGUUCAUCAAGAAAAGAAGGGCAAUGAAUGCACACUUGAUUCUGCUUUAAACAGACUAACUCAUUUCAUUGAUGAUGCUGAUGACACAUUAUUAAUGAUAUUAAUAAAAAUUGGUUCCUGACAAGCUGAUAUGUUUCAAUAUGAA